AUGCAUGCGCUUAGAAAACAUUCAUCAAUAUUGGCAAAAAUGAAAAUAUUUUUGCCACUAGUGGUGUGGAUCAUACUUCUCUUUCGAACGGCAAACUCACAGAUAUCCGCGUCACGGAAGCACGUCGGAAUCUUCGGCCUGAAGCACGAAGUGUUUUUUCUCAACCUCGAGGAUGGCUACUUCGGGUGUCAGGUCAACGAAUCCACGGACUACCUGCAGCUGUACGAGCUGUCCAAACUUUGUGAUGGAACAUCGGACUGCUAUAUGGGCUCCGAUGAGCUUAGAAAUAAGUUAAAAUGUACAAACGAUUGUGAUAAAGACGGCACAGCGUGCUCGAACGGAGUGUGCUUAGACGGCCUCUGCCACUGCAAUGAUGGGUUUGGAGGUUGCAACUGCCAAGUUCCGGAUGAAAACGAGUGUAAAUACCGACCCUGUGACGUUUUCGCCCACUGUACAAAUACCCUAGGUAGCUUCACCUGUACGUGCUUUCCUGGUUACCAAGGCGAUGGUCUUCACUGCGAAGAUAUCGACGAGUGCCAGGAUCCGGCCAUCGCCCAGCGAUGCGUGGAAAAUGCCGAGUGUUGCAACUUACCAGCGCACUUUGUGUGCAAAUGCAAACCAGGCUUCGAGGGCGACGGUGAAGAACGGUGUACAGAUGUGAACGAGUGUGUGGAUCCGCAAGCGUGUGGCCUGAACGCGGAGUGCGUGAACCUCCCGGGCAACUACACCUGCCAGUGCCGGGAGGGCUACUACGGCGAUCCGUACAAUGGGUGCGUCGAUGUGGACGAGUGCGUUCAGCCCGGCGUUUGCGGACCAGGUGCCAUAUGUACGAACCUUGAGGGUGGUUAUCGCUGCGACUGCCCACAAGGAUUCGACGGGGAUGCACGCUCGACUCAGGGUUGCGUCGACUACGACGAGUGCGCACGGUCACCGUGCGGACGGAACGCGCUCUGCCGGAACAUGGUCGGUAGCUUCCGGUGCGAGUGCCAGCAAGGCUUCUCCGGCGACGCAAUGACGGACUGUCAAGACGUUGACGAGUGCUCCGGUAGCCCGUGUGGCGACGGUGCCCUCUGCACCAACACGCCGGGCGGCUAUCGCUGCAGCUGCCCAGCGGGGCUGACCGAGACGGACCACGGCCGGUGCACCGACAUCAACGAGUGCGCCAAGGCCAACGCUUGCGGAGAGAACGCCAAGUGCAUCAACUUCCCGGGGUCCUACAAAUGCUUGUGUCCGCAGGGAUACGAAGGACGCGGUGAACUGUUCUGCAAAAAUGUAAACGAAUGCCUAGAUAAUCCAUGCGGGGCGAAUGCGCUAUGCACGGACACGGUGGGUAGCUUUAUAUGCUCAUGCAAACCAGAGUACACGGGCGACCCGUUCCGGGGGUGCGUCGAUAUCGACGAGUGCGCGGCGUACGAGAAGCCGUGCGGCGAGCACGCGGUCUGCGAGAACGCGUCGCCGGGCUAUAACUGUCUGUGCCCGCAGGGGUACGUGGGCCGCCCGAACGGGAAGGUGGCCUGCGAGCAGGCGGACGUGAACGUGCUGUGCAGCACCGGGUUCGACUGCACCAACAACGCCGAGUGCAUCGAGGGUCAGUGCUUCUGCCGGGACGGGUUCGAGCCGCAGGGCUCGGUGUGCGCGGACAUCGACGAGUGCCGGUCGGCGGGCGGCGAAGUCUGCGGCCCGUCGGCGGUCUGCGUGAACGUGCCCGGCUCGUACCGAUGCGAGUGCGAGGCUGGGUUCGUCGGAACACCGCCGCGCAUUCACUGCAAGUCCCCGUGUGCCGACGUCAAGUGUGGCCCGAAGGCGUACUGCAAGGCCGAGGGCCAGGAAGCGUUCUGUAUCUGCGAGGAAGGCUGGACGUUCAACCCGGCCGACAUUGGGGCCGGCUGUGUGGACGUGGACGAGUGCGAUCGGGCGCACGGGCCGAACGGGCGCUGCGGAACGGGGGCCCGCUGUACGAACCACCCCGGGAGCUACAGCUGUACCUGUCCGGCUGGGUUCACGGGAGAUGCCACGCGCGCCUGCCAGGACGUGGACGAGUGCAGCCGGCAGGGGGCGUGCGGGGUGAACGCGCUGUGCAAGAACCUGGAAGGAUCGCACGAGUGCAGCUGUCCGGCCGGAUCGGUUCCGGAUCCGGAUCCGAGUGUGCGCUGCAUCAGCGUGGUCGCCUGUGCCCGGGACGCGGACUGUCCGGGGAAUGCGGUGUGCGAUUCGCACCGGCGAUGCCUCUGCCCCGAGCCGAACGUGGGUAACGACUGUCGACAUCCGUGCGAGACGAUCACCUGCGGACCGAACGCCCACUGUAUGCUGGUGGCCGGCGGAGGCGCCCAGUGUCUGUGCAGCGAAGGAUACACCGGCCAACCGGGCCAAUGUGUGGACAUCAACGAGUGUGGCGCGAGUCCAUGCCCACCGGGGGCCGUCUGCACGAACCUACCCGGCGGUUACACCUGCCAGUGCCCGGGCGGAAGCUCCGGCGAUCCGUACUCGGGCGGGUGCUCCAAAUCGGCGCUCCAGACACCGGCCUGCAGCGACACGGCUCCGUGCCCGGCGGGCGAGAAGUGUGUCCAGGAUGUGUACAGCGGCAACAGUGUGUGCAUAUGCGGCCAGGGAUACCGGCGGGACGCGAAGGGCGUGUGUCGCGACGUGGACGAGUGCUCCGAUAGUCAGCGGGCGGCGGCGUGUGGCGUGAACGCGCUCUGCAAGAACCUACCCGGAAGCUACGAGUGUCAGUGUCCGGCCGGAUUCAACGGUAACCCGUAUCAGUCGUGCGACGAGUGCCACAGCGCCGAGUGCCGGUGUGCGGCCCCGUACAAGCUGGUCGAGGGUAACUGCGUGCUGGACAGCUGCGCCGCGGAUGGCAAGUGUCCCGGCGGUGCCGAAUGCAUCUCGAUCACCGGCGGCGUUAGCUACUGCGCUUGCCCGAAGGGCUUCCGGACGCAACCGAACGGACACUGCGAGGACAUCGACGAGUGUGCCGAGGGCCAGGCGCAGGCAUGCGGGUACGAUGCGAUCUGCCGGAACACGAUCGGGGGCCACGAGUGCCGGUGCCCGCACGGUUACUCGGGCGAUCCGUACCACGGGCUGUGCACGCUCGCCCAGAAACGCUGCACGGCCGACCGGGAGUGUGGCGCGAACGAGAAGUGUGUCCAACCCGGCGAGUGCGUUUGUCCACCUCCGUACUACCUGGACGCGUACGACGGCAAUCGGUGCAAGAGUCCAUGCGAGCGGUUCCCGUGUGGCAUCAAUGCGCGCUGCACACCGUCCGAUCCACCCCAGUGCCUGUGCGAGGCCGGCUUCACCGGAGACCCGUUGACCGGGUGCAGCGAUGAGGACGAGUGCAUCAACAAUCCGUGCGCCUACGGUGCCUAUUGCGUGAACCAGCGGGGCGGCUACAAGUGCGUCUGCCCGGGCGGCAUGGUCGGCGAUCCGUACAAGGGCGGCUGCAUCCUGGAGCAGGGCUCGGUCAAGAGCCAGUGCCAGCGGAACGAGGAUUGCGCCGAAACGCUCGCCUGCGAACGAGGGACGUGCAUCAGCCCGUGCGCCAGACUGUUAUGCGGGGCCAACGCUUUCUGCGAGCCGGAAAAACACGCCGCCUGGUGCCGCUGUCGGGGUGGCUUCAUCGAGGGACCGAACGGUGAUUGCGUGUCCCAGUGCGACGGGUUCAUGUGUGGCCAGCGGGCGAUGUGUAUCGUGUCCAGUGCCGGACCGACGUGCAAGUGUCCGCCGGGCGAGAUGGGCAAUCCGUUCCCGGGUGGCUCCUGCAUCACGGACCAGUGCUCCGCCAGCAGACCGUGCGCGGAUCCGCAGGUGUGCAUCAGUGGCCGCUGCAAGCACAAGUGCGACAGCGUGAUCUGCGGCGUUGGCGCGACCUGUGACGCAGCCAGCGGAAAGUGCGUCUGCGAACCGUACUUCGUCGGCAACCCGGAACUCAUCUGCAUGCCACCGGUUUCUUCACCUGCCUGCGAGCCGAGCUGUGGCCAGAAUGCGCACUGCGAGUAUGGCGUGGUGCAGAACGUGUGCGUGUGCAACCCGGGCACCACCGGAAAUCCUUACGGUCUGUGCGAGCCACAACAGCGUAAUAUGUGUGCUCGAAUGCGCUGCGGAACGGGCGCCGAGUGUCGGGAGACACUGACGUCGGCCGAGUGCGUCUGCCCAGGCGGCUUUAGCGGAAACGCGUACGUGGCAUGUCGCGACGUGGACGAGUGUUCGGCGACGGGCGGCGUUUGCGGGGAGGGCGCCAUCUGCAUCAACACGGCCGGCAGCUUCGACUGCCGGUGUCGGCCAGGGUACGGUGGCAACCCGUUCGUGAUGUGCUCUGCGAUCGAGAAGGGCGUGUGUGACAAUCCGCGCCGCUGUCAGUGCGGCAAGGGCAAGGGUGGAGCUGGGCUCCAGUGCCCGCCGGGAUAUGCCUGCGAGCGGGGCGCUUGCCGGGACCUGUGUGCCCGGACCGCCUGCGGCCCACGGGCCGCCUGUGACGCCGGCCGAUGCGUUUGCCCACCCGGCUACACCGGAAACGCCCAGGACCGGGCGGUGGGCUGCGUGGCCGAGGGCCAGUGCGAGAGUGACGCCGAAUGCGAAAGCUCCAAGAUCUGCUUCCAGGCCGGAGCGGGCCGGACGCUGCGACGAUGUGUGGACGCGUGCAGCAAGGUACAGUGCGGACCGAAUGCACUGUGCGUUUCGGCGGAUCAUCGCAGCAGCUGCAUCUGUGCGCCCGGCUACGUCGGCAAUCCGGGCGAUCUGACGGUUGGCUGCCAGCUGGAGGCGAAACUGGUGGCCGAAUGCCACGACGAUGGCGAGUGCCGGACCGGCCAGGUGUGUGCGGUUACCGAGACGGGGCUACGGGCGUGCGCCAAUCCCUGCACGAUGGUCGAGUGUGGCGUGAACGAGAUCUGCACGGUCCAGGCGGAAGAACGGAAGCCGCUGUGCCAGUGCGCACCCGGGUUCCGCUGGAACCCGGUGUCUUCGGCGUGCGUCAAACCAUCGAUUCCGGAUUGUGCGAGCGACGCGGACUGCCAUCAGGUGGCCGCCUGUCGCCAGGAUGCGGUCGGCGUGUUGAAAUGCGAAGCGGUUUGCGCCGAGUUUACGUGUCCGCCGCACUCGGUGUGCGUCUCGGCGAACCACCAUGGCAGCUGCCAGUGCCUUCCCGGAUACACCGGGAACCCGAACGACCGGAACGGAUGUCGCCCGGAACAACAGGAUACGUGUCUCACGAGCGCCGAGUGCUCGGAGUCGGACCACUGCGUGACGAACGGCGCCGGCGGUGCCCUCGGAUGUCGACCUGCAUGUGAAGGUGUCCAGUGUGGACCGUUCGCUGUGUGCGUUACCAACAAUCAUCGAGCCCAGUGCCAGUGUCCGCCGGGAGCGUACACGGGCGAUCCGUACGAUCUCGCCAAAGGCUGCCAGGCCGUGCCGUGCGUUUACAAUCGCGACUGCCCGGCCCACCAGCUCUGCAACCGGAUGACGCAUGGCUGCGUGGACGUGUGCCAGGACGAUACGUGCGGCGCCAAUGCGGUGUGUAUCGCGGAGAACCACCGGUCCGUCUGCCAGUGUCCGCCCGGUUACCGGGCAAAUCCGAUCGCCGACGUCGAAUGCACUCAGUUGAAAUCAUGCGAGCCGAAUCCGUGCCACCAGUCAGCCACCUGCGAACCAGGACCGGACGGGUACGUGUGCCGGUGUCCGAUUGGGCAGAUCGGUAACCCAUUGACCGGGUGCCGCGCGGAAGGCGAAUGCCCCAACGGCGAUGUUCAGUGUCCGGAGAGUACGGCCUGCGUCGGUGGCAAGUGUGUGGACCCGUGCGUCAACGCCUGCGGCAUCAACUCGAAGUGCACCGUCGUGAACCGGACACCCGUCUGUAGCUGCAAGCCCAAGUUCGUACCCGGUGGAACCGGUUCGGCAAGGGAUGGCUGCGUCCGCGCGAGUUCCGGCUGCCUGAGUGACCUGGACUGCAACGGAGACGUCUGCCACGGUGGUCAGUGUUUAGUGGCGUGCCGCAACGCGAAGGAUUGCUCGGCGGGCGAACAGUGCACGGGCAACGUGUGUGCCGUGCCUUGCUCGGACCACAGUCAGUGCGGCGAGCGGCAAGCGUGUCUCCCCGGGGCGGGUGUGUGCGGACUCGGGUGCCGCAGCAGCCGAGACUGUGGAAGCGCCCAGGCCUGUAUCGAGUUCCGGUGUGAAGAUCCGUGCGAAACGGGCAGUGGAGCCUGCGGACCAAACGCCCUUUGCCGGAGCGUCGACCACGUACCGCGCUGCUCGUGUCCGACCGGCUUCGAAGGUAACCCGUCGCCCGAGCAGGGAUGCGUGCGGGUGCCGGCCAGCUGCGAAACAUCGGACCAGUGCGCCGCCCCCGGUCACGUGUGCGUCGCCAACCAGUGCAGCCUGCCGUGCUCAUCGGAAACGGGUGCGACGGGUGGAGCGUGCGCUGUGGGCGAGCGGUGCCACCAGGGCUUCUGCGCCAAGGUGUGCUACACCAACAACAACUGUCUGCCGGGCGAGGUGUGCGGCGAGGCUGGAGUCUGCGUGCCAGGAUGCGCCACCGAUGCCGACUGCCCGUCGCAGCGCGUCUGCCAGGCGGGACGGUGCCGCUGUAUGAAGGGCUUCAUCGGGACACCGUUCGGGUGCGAGGACAUCGAUGAGUGCUCCCGGAGCCCGUGCCACGCGACAGCCGUCUGCGAGAACAUUCCCGGCUCAUACCGCUGCCAGUGCCCGGAGGGGUCCGUCGGUGACGCUUUCGCCAGUCCGGGUUGCCGCAAACCGACCCAGUGCCGCCAGGAUGGCGAGUGCGCCGGGGAGUUGGCGUGCAUCGGAGGCAAGUGUCGCAGUCCGUGCACCACCAAGCAGUGCGGCCUGAACGCCGAGUGCCAGGUGGUGGAUCACCGGGCCGAGUGCUACUGUCCGGCCGGAUACCUCGGAGACGCGCAGGACCGCGAAACGAUCGGGUGCUUCAAGGUGGAGUGCAUCGCCAACGAGGACUGCGGCAGGGAUCGGGCUUGCAGCGAGGACACGAACCGCUGCGUGAACCCGUGCGAGCAGAUCAGCUGUGGCCGGGGUACGUGCCAGAUCGUGAACCAUGAGGCGACCUGCGUGUGCCAUCAGGGAUACCGGGCUGCACCGGGCAGUGGACGCUGUGAGGAUGUCGACGAGUGUGCCGAGGCCAACCCAUGCCACGAGAGCGCCCAGUGCGAGAACCUGCCGGGCACCCAUCUCUGCUCGUGCCCGGGAGGGCGCGUCGGUGAUCCGAACCGCGGAGGACCAGGCUGCAAGGCGGCGGUGGCUGCAGACGAGAACGAGUGCAUUGCCAACGAGGACUGCCCAGCGGGAGCGCAGUGCGUGACGGGGCGCUGUCAGAACCCGUGCCGUGGGGAGGGUGUGUGCGGUGAGAAUGCCCGCUGUACGCCAGUCGGCGAUCGGCCACAAUGCGAGUGCCCACCCGGGACUCGCGGAGAUCCGAAGAAGGCCUGCCGGAAGGUGGAGUGCUCCGGGGCGGACGAGUGCGAUGGAAGUCGCACCUGCAUCGGCUUCAAGUGCGUCGACCCGUGCGGCCUAAAGAGUGCGUGCGGGGCGAGUGCGGACUGCGUGGCCAAGAAUCACCUGGCCGUGUGCUCGUGUCGCGCGGGAACCACCGGAAACCCGCUGCUGGGCUGUGUCCCGCUCCAGUACUGCAACAGCGAUGGACAGUGCCCGACCGGGACGAAGUGUACCGGCGGCGUUUGCUGUUCCCUGUGCGCCACGAACCGCGACUGCAUCGACGAUCAGCUGUGCAUCCAGGGCGUCUGCCAGCCGACCUGCCGCUCCAACACGACCUGUCCCGACUUCCAGUACUGCCACAACGGGAUCUGCACGCAAGAGUUCAAGUGCCGCACGGACGGCGACUGUGACGAGGACGAGCUGUGCAUGGCGGACUCCAGUGGGCGGUCCGAGUGUCGGAAUGCGUGCGCCGCCGGGCGGACGCUGUGCGGUCGGAACGCGGACUGUGUCGCACGUCAGCAUGCGUCCGUGUGCGAGUGUAAACAGGGCUUCUUCCGUGACGCUGGUGGCAUCUGUCGGCGGAUUGAGUGUAGCGCCGACGAGGACUGCUCGUCGGACAAGCUGUGCGAGGGGCACGCGUGCAAGAUCGCCUGUCUGGCCGGGGCCGGAUCCGGGACUCCGUGUGGCGCGAAUGCGCUCUGCUCGGCCGAGAACCACCGCCAGGUGUGCUAUUGUCAGCCGGGUUUCACCGGCGAUCCGAAGGUGGGCUGCUCGCUGAUCGACUUUUGCCGCGAGCGCCCGUGCGGUGCGAACGCCAAGUGUCGCAAUAGCCGCGGCUCCUACCGCUGCUCGUGCCCGGCUGGCCUGGUGGGCGAUCCGUAUCAGCCGGCAGGCUGUAAGAAGGCUUCGGAAUGCGACCGCGACUCGGACUGUCCCGAGGCGGCCGAAUGUGUGCGCGAACCGGACGGAGAGGCCAAGUGUCGGGACGUUUGCGCCGGCGUGGCCUGUGGUCCGAACGCGGAAUGUACGGGUCGUAGCCACCGAGCCAACUGCCGCUGUCGCCAGCGGUACGAGGGCAAUCCGAAGGAUCUCGAUCACGGAUGCAAACCGAAACCGAUGGCUUGCAAGCGCACCGGCGACUGCCCGGAAAACUCGUACUGCCACGGGCAGAUCUGCAAACCGGCUUGCUCCGAAACGGACGAAUGCAAUCAGGACCAGGUGUGCUCCAACGGGCAGUGCGUUAACCCGUGCCACGAACCGAACGCGUGCGGCAUGAACGCCGAGUGUCUGAUGGGUGCCCACGCGAAACAGUGUUCCUGUCCGGCAGGCUUUACCGGUGACCCGGCGUCCGAAUGUGUGCGAGUGCCCAUCUCCUGCGCUUCGAGUACCGACUGUUUCGAUGGAAGCGUCUGCAAGGAGUCGAUGUGCUUGCCACGCUGCCGCGCUGAUCAGGAGUGCGCAUUGAACGAGAAGUGCCUACAAGGCAGUUGCAUGCUGACCUGCCGAUUGGAUAACGAUUGCUUCCUGGGCCACAUCUGCCUGACUGGCCGCUGCGUGUACGGGUGCAAGGCGGACAGCGACUGUAGUGCGAGUGAAGCGUGCCGCGACAAUCGGUGCAUCAACCCGUGCAUGGACAACCCGUGUGGUCCAAACGCGGCCUGUACGGUGGUAAACCAUCGCGCCAGCUGCUCCUGUUUCACCGGCAUGGUACCGAGCCCGACGGCAAAGGUGGGAUGUGUGCGAGCACCCGCACUGCAGUGCACCGAGAAUCGAAACUGUGCCGAUGGCACGUCGUGCAUCGGUGGUCUCUGCCGGCCGGUGUGCGCCGACGACCAGGGUUGCCUGAAAAACGAACGAUGCGAGGCAGGAUCGUGUAAGCCGAUCUGCCGCAAGGACGAUGACUGCCGGACGGGCGAAAUUUGUCAAGGCCAAACGUGUAUGAUUGGGUGCCGAUCGGAUGGAGGAUGCCCGGGCAGCUUGGCGUGUGUUGGGCAGCAGUGCGUCGAUCCGUGUCAGGAACCGACGGCCUGCGGCACGAACGCCGAGUGUGUGAUGGUCAACCACCAGAAGCAGUGUAGCUGUCCGGCGGGACUUGGGGGAGAUCCGUUCGGGCUGGGCUGCCGGCCCGAGACCCGACUGUGCACCGCCCGCUCCGACUGCCCGAAAGGGCACGCCUGCUACGGUGGAUCGUGCAUGCUGACGUGUCGCAGCGAUCAGAACUGUCUGGCGGACGAGAGGUGCGUGCGGGGCACUUGCCGGACCGUGUGCAACAGUGACGCGUCGUGUGGCGGUGGGCUGAUCUGCGAGGGACGCAUCUGUCAGGCCGGGUGCCGCUCGGACAACCAGUGCCCCAGCGAACAUGCGUGUAUCGGCAAGAAGUGUACCGAUCCGUGUACCACCUCCGGCCAGUGUGGUGCCUGCUCGGAGUGCCAGGUCAUCAACCACGGUGUGCAGUGCAGCUGCCCGGUCGGUUACCUCGGCAAUCCGCUCCUGUCCUGCACGCCGCCCAUGGAGAAGUGCAACGCCCAGUGUGCCUGCGACGAAGAAGGACUGUACUGCUUGAAGACUUGCCGAAACCAGAAGGACUGCGGAUGCGGACAGACGUGCCAGCGAGGCAAGUGCCGUGCGAAGUGUAACCCAGGAACCUGCCCAGCCGGACUGCUCUGUCAGAAUGGGGCCUGUGUGGCUGGGUGUCGCUCGAACGCCGACUGUCCCGCCGAACGAUCGUGCACCAAUGGCAAGUGCGUGGAUCCGUGCGCCAAUGGAAAGGCGUGCGGUAAACGGGCCCUCUGCCAGGUGUCAGACCAUCGGUCGUUGUGUCUAUGUCCGGACGGCUACCAGGGCGAUCCGGCGGUUGGCUGCGUGCAGUACGAGUGCCAGACGAACGACGAUUGCGAACUGGACAAGCGUUGCGCCAAGGGCAAAUGCAUCAAUCCGUGUCUGAUUCCGGGGGCGUGUGGCUUGAACGCCCAGUGCCGUGUCGUCGACCGGCAGGCACAGUGCUCUUGCACGCCCGGCUUUUUCGGUAACGCGCGCCAAGAGUGCCAGCCGGUGCAGAAGAACGCCUGCGCACAGAAUCCGUGCGGCGACAACACCGUAUGCCGGGAGGAUGAGCACGGUUUCGAGUGUUCCUGCCAACCGGGCUGUGUUGGCGAUCCACGACAGGGCUGCGUGUGCGAAGAAAGACAGGAGAAGAAAGACUGCGAGCAGUAUGCUUGCGGCACGAAUGCCGUCUGCCGGAUGACCGAUUGGGGUGCUCCGUCGUGCGUUUGUGUUCCGACACACCCGCACGGGGAUCCGUACAUGUUAUGCACCCAAGAGGACGGCGCUACCGAUUGCCGGACGAACGGCUGCACCGUGGGUGAGUGCGUCCGGGAUGGGACCAAGUUUAUCUGCCGCAAAGACGAAUCCUGCGCGAACGAUUUGCAAUGUGCCACUGAUAAGGCUUGCAUCGGAGGCAAGUGCUCCGAUCCGUGCUCGCUGCGCGGUGCAUGCGGCGACAAUGCCCUGUGCCAGACGGUGCAGCACCGACCGCGAUGCUCGUGCCCGAGCUGCUACACCGGCCGCCCGAACGUCGAGUGCAAACCGGAUCCCAAGUGCGAAGAGGUGGCCACCCCGAGACCGAACGAUCCCAAGAUCGUGUCGGUUGCGUGCGAAACCGAUGGCGAUUGCCACGAGAGUCUGCGCUGCGACGCCAGCGGCCAGUGCAGCGAUCCGUGCACGGUGCCGGCCCCGUUUGCCUGUGAGUCGAACAAGAAGUGUGCCGUGCGCCGGCACCGACCCGGCUGCGUUUGCGCGCACGGUUUCAUCGUGAACGACAGUGGCGAGCUGGUGUGCGCCCCGGAGAAGCGCGAGUGCCUCGGGGACGACGGGUGCGCCUCCAAUAUGGCGUGCCUCGAGGGCCGCUGCCUGAACCCAUGCUUUGCCACCGGUAAGCGGGGGGCCCCCUGCCCGGACGAUAAGGCGUGCGUCGUGAUGGACCACAGGCCGACGUGCGUGUGCAUGAAGGACUGCAGCCCAUCGCUGUCGAUCUGCCUGCGCGACAGUGGCUGUCCGGACGGGUUGGCCUGCCGCAACUACCAGUGCGUCAAUCCGUGCGAGACCACCACUUGUGCCGACGACACGCCAUGCUAUGUCGAAGACCAUAAACCAAUCUGUAAAUUCUGCCCACCCGGAUUCAUAAAAGACUUACGGCAAGGAUGUUUGAAAGCUGUUGAGAAAGAAGAAAAGGAAGGAGAGAAAGCUCAUGAAAUGAAGAGAGUCAACUGUUCGGAGCACUCCGACUGCGGCGAAAAAUUACACUGUUUAGUCGGCCUUUGUGUUGAUCCGUGUAGGUCUGGCUGUGGUGUACGGGCGCAUUGCACAGUGAAAGCACACCUUCCCGUCUGCUCCUGUCCUCCUGGUUUCACCGGAAACCCUUUAAGGCUGUGCGUGGGAUUGGACGGUGAUAUUAGUAAACCGCCCACCAGCACACCCGAACCACCUGAAGGUACCAGCGAAUAUCCUGAGGGUUACUUUGAGGGACAGAAAAUUGAUCGGUCAGACGAAUUUACCACUAGCGAGCCGGACGAUACGACAACCGUGGUAACGGAGCCGACGAACGAAAGUAGCAUGGUUUCCAGCACGUUGGCUUCGGACUCGUCGCAAGACAGUACCGUCACGUUGGCUGCGGAUAUCGAAAGCAACGUAACUGUCGACAUAGUUAGCAUUGUCAGCACGAGCCCACAAUCACCGAAUCUGUCCACCAAAAGCACUACUUCAACUAGUGUCACAACUGCAACCACACCGUUGCGUCGAGAUAAAAUAACCACGACCACUACCGAAAAGGUGGAAACCUCAUUGGACCAAGCUACGAGCACAACGAAAGGGCUUCCGAAAACGAAUCAAACCACCGCCAAGCCCAGCAGCCAUGUGGAUACGCUCACGAAACAGGAUCGAAAGUCUACCGAAUUAGAAGAACCCGAUGACAGUGACGAGCCUUUACAGGCCAUCACUACCCCGAUCGAUGACUAUUUCGUCGAGCUAACGUCGCCAUCUAAGCACUACGAGUUGAAGCAAAAAAGUGAAGCUACCGUAACGCCGCUGGCGACCAAAAGGCGAACCACUGCCAGUAUGACUACGGCGAGUACUACAACCACGACGGAGGAUACGAUAACGACUACCGAGCAGUAUGCUUUGGACGAUCGUAGCCUACCGCUGUCGACGUCGGGCUAUGAUGGCGAGGACUAUGGUGACGAUGAAGACGAAUCUACUGUCGAUCGAACGACCAAAUCCACCUCAAGAACGACGCCUGCCGACAGGCGUGCGCCUACUAUGCCCUACUCGCUGGAUCCCAUGGGGACGACCGUUCGGCCGCUGUACGAAAGCAUUCAGUGUCACGUAGCGGAAGAUUGUCAGGCCAAUGAAACGUGCACUGGUAAUGUCUGCACCGAUCCAUGUGUUCAGUUCAAUCCCUGCCCUCAGGAUAUUCCUUGUCAGACCUUAAAUCAUAUUCCCAUGUGCUUGUGCAAUAGCGACACCGGCACCGGUUACAGCGUUGAUUGUAUGAAAACACCAGAGCUUGGAUGUCGCCAUAGCAAUGAGUGCCCACCGGAGAGAUCGUGCAUCAACGGCGUGUGCGUCGAUCCGUGCCGAUCAGGCAAUCCUUGUGAUGCCGAGGAAGAAUGCGAAGUGCAAAAUCAUGAAGCAGUUUGUGUGAAGCUGUGUCAAUGUACGAAAAAUACUGACUGCCUUUCGGGACAGCUUUGCGACGGAUGCAAUUGCGUUCAGAAGGAUACCGACCGUACGACCGGCUGCGAGCACUGUCCACCUGGAAUUCCGUGCGAUCCUAUCACUGGAGGGUGUGUAAAGGAGCCACCGGGAUCACCAAAAAUACCCGAGCCUUGCCAAUCGCAUAACGACUGCUUGGAUGCGGAGGCCUGCUAUAUGGGUUUGUGCGAAAAUCCGUGCUUGUUCGAUGGGGUGUGCGCCCCGACGGCGACGUGUCAGCCGAAAAUGCACCGCCCUGUCUGCACGUGCCCCCGUGGGCACGAGGGUAACCCGAGCAUCAAGUGCAGCGCCUUGCAGCCAAUACAAUGCACCACCCACGAUGAGUGUUCACUGACGGAGGCCUGUGUCGGUAACGUGUGCCAGCGGGCGUGCGAUGUGAAAAACCCUUGUACGGUCAAUGCGGUCUGCAUCAACACGAGACACGGUGCCGAUUGCAGCUGCAUCGACGGCUAUCACGGGAACGGUUUUGUGCAGUGCGUACCAGUCAUCGCGCCCGGUUCGGUGUGCCAGUACAACGAAGAUUGUCCACCGGAGAAGCUGUGCGACCGGUUGAACCGGGUAUGCAUCAACCCGUGCCAGAGCGACUCGUGUGGCGACAAUGCCGAGUGUUACGCCGUUAACCACGGGACCGAGUGCCGCUGCCAGCCCGGGUAUACUGGGAACGCAUACGUUGAGUGCACCCAGCACCAGGGCUGUCUGACAGAUCGGCAGUGCAACGAUAACGAGGCGUGCAUCGGUGGCCGCUGUUCGUCGCCGUGCCAAUGUGGCCCGAACGCGAUGUGCGACGUGAAGCGUCACAAGGCCGUCUGUCGGUGUCCGCCCGGAUACGGGGGCGAUGCACGCGCGGGCUGCAACCCGCCGUCCAACCCGUGCGAACCGAACCCGUGCGGUGUCGGCGCGAUGUGUGAGGUGGAUCGCGGAAGCCCCGUAUGCUUCUGUCCUCGGGGACUCACCGGCAAUCCGUUCAAAAACUGCAUACCCGAAGGCGACGAGUGUUCGCCCAAUCCGUGCGGUCCGAACUCGGGCUGCCGGAAGAUCGGAGGCCAGCCAACCUGCUUCUGUUUGCCCGAGUACGAAGGAAACCCGCCGCAAACACCCUGCACACUGCCACAGAACCCGUGCGUGCCGUCACCGUGCGGUCCGAAUACGCAAUGUACCGUGCUAGGCAACGGCUACGCCAAGUGUACGUGCGUUCCCGGGUAUAUCGAGAGUCCGAACACGAUCCGUGGCUGCGUGGAACCGACGAGCCCAUGCGAUCCGAAUCCGUGCGGGUUCGGUGCAGUGUGCGAUGCGUCCCGCAGCCCCGUCUGCUACUGUCCCGACCGGUUGAGCGGCAAUCCCUAUCGAAGUUGCGUUGAGCCUGUGGUGACACCGGAACUGUGUCAACCAGGCCCGUGCGGGCCGAAUGCGGACUGUUACGUGGCCGAAGGGCGCGAGCAGUGCUACUGUAAGGCGAACUUUAUCGGCGACCCUUACGGUGGUGGGUGCGUGGAGCAGCCCCGUUCAGUGUGCGAACCGAACCCGUGCGGACCAGGAGCCGAGUGUGUGCUGCUCGUGGAUGGCUCGCCCGGCUGCCGGUGCCCUCCGGGGCUGAGUGGCGAUCCAACCACAUCCGGCUGUCACGCGUUCGAGUGCCUUACCGAUGACCAGUGUACCGCCGACCGGGCUUGCAUCGGACUGCGAUGCUCCGAUCCCUGCCCGGGAUCGUGCGGCGUCGGAGCGCACUGCCGGGUCGAAGGACACCAUCCGGUGUGCUUCUGCGAUGCCGGCCUGACCGGGAAUCCGGCCGUCCAGUGUUACGCCGCAGACGAACGACCUCGUGAUGCCUGCAAUCCAAGCCCGUGCGGUGCGAACGCCAAGUGUACGACGCGCAGCAAGCGACCGGUUUGCAAGUGUCUACCCAACUACCAGGGCGAUCCGCGCAAGGGCUGCAAGCCAGAGUGCGACCUCAACUCCGACUGCACCCCGGACAAGUCAUGCGUCAAUCACCGCUGUGUUGCCCCGUGCACUCUCGGAACGGUUUGUGGCGUGAAUGCCGAGUGUAGCGUCAGCUACCACACCCCGAUGUGCCGCUGCCCAUCUGGAUUCACGGGCGACGCGUUCGUGCAGUGCGUGCCGAUACCGGAGGAACGCAACAUGACCCGCCAGCCCUGCUCGUCGGACCCGUGCGGAGCGGGAGAAGUAUGCUCGAUCUACGGCAACGACGUCGCGCUGUGCGAUCCGUGCGUAGCCCCCGAUGCUGUCCAUAAUCCGCGCUGCCGACCGCAGUGUGUGCUCAACACCGAUUGCCCGUUCAACCUGGCGUGUCUACAGUCGCAAUGUCAGGACCCGUGCCCGGGUUCGUGCGGUUACAAUGCGCUUUGCAGCGUCGAACGUCACCGUCCGGUCUGCUACUGUCCGCCCGAGAUGCAUGGCAACCCGUACGAGCAGUGUACCCCGCGUGAAAGUCCCCGCGAGACGUGUGACAGUAUCCGGUGCGGUGCGAACACCCAGUGCAAGCAACAGAACGGCGUGCUGGCGUGCGUUUGCAAGAAGAACUACUACGGCGACCCGCUGAUAGGCUGCCGGCCCGAGUGUGUGGUCAACACGGACUGUGCCCUCGGGAAGGCGUGCGUGAACACGCGCUGCGUCGACCCCUGCACGAACGCGUGCGGUGUCGGGGCGCAGUGCAAGGUGGUGAACCACCUGCCGAUUUGCUACUGCCCGCCAACACACACGGGCGAUGCGCUGGUGGCGUGCACCGAGCGUAGUAUCCUGCCACCACCGGACAGUACACCGUGCGAUCCGAACCCUUGCGGACCGAACAGCAAGUGUCGCACGACACCGGACGGUUAUGCGCUCUGCUCGUGUCUGCCAGGGUACCGUGGAGUGCCACCGGCCUGUCAGGCCGAGUGUAUGAUCAACGCGGAAUGCCCACAGAACCGGGCCUGCAUCAACCUGAAGUGUGCCGAUCCCUGCCCGGGAACGUGCGGUGUCGGGGCACGCUGUGAGGUGCUGAACCACAACCCGAUCUGCAGCUGCGGUCCCAGCCAGGAGGGCGACCCGUUCGUGAUUUGCGCACCGCGACAGAACGAACCGGUCGGGCCACCGAUCGAAUCGCGGAACCCGUGCGACCCAUCACCCUGCGGACCGAACUCCCUCUGCCAGGUGCAUGGCCGCCGGCCAACGUGCUCCUGUCAGCCGAACUUUAUCGGGACACCCCCCGGAUGCCGACCAGAGUGCGUCCUCAGCUCAGAGUGCCCGCAGAACCGGGCGUGCAUCAACGAGCGGUGCCAGAAUCCGUGUGCCAAUGCGUGCGGACCCAACGCCGACUGUCACAUCGUGGCCCACUCGGCGUUCUGCAGUUGUCGGGCCGGGUACGAGGGCGAUGCGUUCGUUGGCUGCUCGCCGAUACCGCGGGACGUACCGCGUGACCCCUGCUAUCCGAGUCCUUGCGCCGAGAAUGCCGUGUGCAGCGAGCACAACGGAGCCGCCCGCUGCACCUGCAUCUCACCGUACCGAGGCGAUCCGUACAACACCGGCUGCCGGCCGGAAUGCGUACUCAACUCGGACUGCCCCAGCCAGGCGGCGUGCGUCAACCAGCACUGCCGCGAUCCUUGCCCGGGAGUGUGCGGAGCGAAUGCGGAAUGCACCGUGGCGAACCACAUCCCGGUGUGCGAGUGUGCCCGCGGGUACGUGGGCGACCCGUUCCGGGGCUGCCGACGAGACGUUGGCCCUCCGAUCACACCGAAAGAUCCGUGCGCAGCCUGCCCAUCGAACAGUGUGUGCCGCGUGGUCGGAGGACGGCCGACCUGCUCGUGUGCGGAAGGAUACCGCGGAACGCCACCCGCCUGCCGGCCAGAGUGCUCGAGCAGCGAGGAGUGCCCGCACGAUCGGGCUUGCGUCAACCUGCGGUGCGUCGAUCCGUGUCCGGGCCUGUGCGGUGUAAACGCCCAGUGUCAGGUGAUCAACCACAAGCCGUUCUGUAGCUGCCUGCGUGACAUGGUCGGUAAUCCGUUCGAGCAAUGCUCCCCGAAACCGGUCGAACCGCUAGCGGCCCCCUGCCGGCCCAGUCCGUGCGGGGCGUACUCGGAGUGCCGCGAGAUCGGUAGCCGUGCCGUGUGUACGUGUGCGGCCGGUAUGCUCGGUACGCCACCCAACUGUCGACCGGAGUGCGAAACCGAUCAGGACUGCCCGUCGAACCGGGCGUGCUUCAACCAGAAGUGCCGCGAUCCGUGCGUCGGUUCCUGUGGCUACGGUGCGCAGUGCAUCACGCGGGCCCACCGGCCUGAGUGUUACUGUGACGAGGGCCACGAGGGCGACCCGUACAGUGGGUGCACCCAAAUCGUGAUUAGACGCGACGAAGUGCUCGAACCGUGCCAUCCGUCGCCCUGCGGCUCGAACGCCGUCUGCCAGGAGCGCAGCGGGGCCGGUUCGUGCGCGUGCAUGGCCAACUACUACGGCGAUCCGUACGUCAACUGCCGACCGGAGUGCGUGCAGAGCUCGGAGUGCCCGCACACCAGGGCAUGCGUCAACAUGCGCUGCGUUGACCCAUGCGCUGGCACGUGCGGCCCGCACAGCGAGUGCCGUGUACAUAACCACUCCCCCGUCUGUAGCUGUAGCCCCGGUUAUACCGGCAAUCCGUCACAGGCUUGCCAUCCGAUUGUGGUAGAAAACCUACCGGCCCGAGCUCCCCUGGAUCCCUGUUCUCCGUCCCCGUGCGGUCCGUACAGUAUCUGCCGCGUGCUCGAUGGUCACCCGGUCUGCUCGUGCCAGAUCAGCUGUUCCGGUGUUCCGCCCAACUGUCGCCCCGAGUGUCUGAUCAGUGGCGAGUGUCCGCGCGACAGGACCUGUCUCAACCAGCGGUGUAUCGACCCGUGUCCGGGUACGUGCGGUGCGAAUGCCCGGUGCCGUGUCGUCAACCACAAUCCGAUAUGCAGCUGCCACCCCGGUUUCACUGGCGAUCCGUUUGUUCAGUGCUCGCCGGAGCCAAAGCAACCACUGGUGGACGAUGAAUAUAGGAACCCGUGCCAACCGUCUCCGUGCGGUGUGAACUCCGCUUGCCGGGUCCACAACGACCGGGCCGUCUGCUCGUGCCUGCCGAACUACGUGGGUCGGCCGCCCGCCUGCCGGCCCGAGUGUACCGUCGACUCGGAGUGUCCCAUGAGCCGGGCGUGCAUCAACGAGCGGUGCCGCGAUCCGUGCGCUGGGUCGUGCGGUGUCAACACCGACUGUACGGUGGUCGCCCACAAGCCCAUGUGCAGCUGUGCCGUCGGCCAUACCGGGGAUCCGUUCAGUGGAUGUUACGUCAUCCAGAUCUUCCACGAGGAACCGCCAAUGCCGUGCAAUCCCAGCCCGUGCGGGGCCAAUGCCGUCUGCAAGGAGCGCAACGGGGCGGGAUCGUGCACGUGCGUCCCGGAGUACUUCGGCGAUCCGUACGUCGGCUGCCGGCCCGAGUGUGUCAUGAACGGUGACUGUCCGCGGACGCGCGCCUGCGUCAACAACAAGUGUCGGGAUCCGUGCCCGGGUACGUGCGGAGUCGCCGCCGAGUGUCACGUGGUGAACCACUCACCCAGCUGCUCCUGUCCACCCGGUUACGAGGGCAAUCCGUUCAGCGAAUGUAAACCUCAGCCCGAAAUUCGCGAGGAACCUCCCAUGGUACAACCGUGCCAACCGUCGCCCUGCGGUCCGAACAGUGUCUGCCGCGUGCUGAACAACCAUGCGGUCUGUACUUGUAAACCGGACUAUGUCGGUUCCCCGCCAUCCUGCCGGCCGGAGUGUAUGGUCAGCUCGGAGUGUCCGCUGGACAAGGCGUGCGUCAGGAGCAAGUGCACGGACCCGUGUCCGGGCACGUGCGGUCUGAACGCUCGCUGUCAGGUGGUGAACCACAAUCCGAUCUGUAGCUGCAAGGCCGGCUUCACCGGCGAUCCAUUCGUGCGCUGCAUUCCAGAAGAACGUCGUCCCGUGGUGGAGGACACACCGGUUGAGCCGUGUGUUCCGUCGCCCUGUGGGCCGAACUCGCAGUGCAAAGCGGUUGGCCGAACGGCCGCCUGCUCCUGUCUGCCGAACUACGUCGGACGGGCCCCGAACUGUCGCCCCGAGUGUACCGCCAACUCGCAGUGCACGCCGAUGCAGGCGUGCAUCAACGAGCGCUGCGCUGACCCCUGUCCCGGUUCCUGUGGUUCCAAUGCGUUCUGCUCGGUCCAGCAUCACCAGCCGAGCUGCCGGUGUAUGGAGGGGAUGGAUGGUGAUCCCUACGUGUCGUGUGCUCCAAUCAUAAUCCACCGGGAACCGGAGAUUGUGAACCCGUGCCAUCCGUCGCCUUGCGGUGUGAAUGCCGAGUGCAACGUACGCAACAACGCGGGCUCGUGCACGUGUCUGAAGGACUACUUCGGUGAUCCGUACAGCGAGUGCCGGCCCGAGUGUGUCCUGAGUUCGGAUUGCGCGAAAACGCGCGCCUGUCUGAACAACCGGUGUGUCGAUCCGUGCCCCGGCAUGUGUGGCCCGAACGCGGAGUGCUUCGUGAUGAACCACUCGCCCUCGUGCUCGUGUCUGCCCGGGUACACCGGCAAUCCGUCGCAGGGAUGCCGCGAGAUACCGAAACAAAUCGAAGAUACGCCCGUGGACCCUUGUAGACCUUCGCCCUGUGGUCCGUACAGCGCGUGUCGCACGGUGAACCGGCAUGCCGUCUGCUCCUGUCAGGGUGACUACAUCGGCACACCGCCCGCUUGCCGGCCCGAGUGUACGGUUAGCUCCGACUGCUCGCUGGACAAGGCGUGCGUCCGGCAGAGGUGCGUCGAUCCGUGCCCUGGUACGUGCGGCCUCGAUGCCCGGUGCCAGGUGCUGAACCACAGCCCCAUCUGUAGCUGCCCGUCCGGGUUCACGGGCAAUCCGUUCGAGCGUUGCGUCCCGGAAGAAAAGCAAGUAGUACAGGAUCUGGAGCCCGUAAACCCCUGUGUUCCGUCCCCUUGCGGGCCCAACUCUCAGUGCCGUGCGGUAGGCAGUGUCCCUGCCUGCUCCUGUCUGCCCAACUACGUCGGCCGCGCCCCGAACUGUCGCCCCGAAUGUACGAUCAAUGCGGAGUGUCCGGGUAGCCAGGCGUGCGUGAACGAACGCUGCGCCGAUCCGUGCCCGGGCUCCUGUGGACCGAACGCCGUCUGUCGGGUGAUCGAACACUCGCCCACCUGCUCCUGCCAGGCCGGAUACUCUGGCGAUCCCUUUUCCGGGUGUACAGUCAUACCCUUAACAGUGGGUCGCGACGAGCCACGUAACCCAUGUAGUCCGUCACCGUGCGGGGCCAAUGCCGUCUGCAAGGAGCGCAACGGUGCAGGAUCGUGCACGUGCGCGCCGGAGUACUUCGGCGAUCCGUACAGUGGCUGCCGGCCGGAGUGCGUCACCAACAGCGAGUGCCCGCGGGUGCGGGCGUGCGUGAACAACCGCUGCCAGGAUCCGUGCCCGGGUGUCUGCGGCAUCGAAGCCGAGUGCCACGUGGUGAACCAUGCGCCCAGCUGCUCCUGUCGGCCCGGCUUCACCGGCGAUCCGUUCCGGCAGUGCCAACCGAAGCAAAACGAUCCUCCGCUCAAUCCCUGCUCGCCGUCCCCGUGCGGACCGAACAGUGUGUGUCGGGAGGCGAACGGCCACGCGGUCUGCUCGUGCCAGGCCGGGUUCGUCGGUACGCCGCCGUCCUGUCGGCCGGAGUGUACCGUCAGCUCGGAGUGUCCGCUCGACAAGGCGUGCAUCGGGCAGCGAUGCACGGACCCGUGUCCUGGCACGUGCGGCCUGAACGCCCGCUGCCAGGUGGUGAACCACAACCCGAUCUGUAGCUGCUCGCUCGGUUUCACCGGCGAUCCGUUUGUGCGCUGCGUGCCAGUCGAAAAAGCACCGGUGGUGCAGGAUCCGGUCGAUCCGUGCGUGCCGUCGCCCUGUGGACCAAACUCCGUCUGCCGAGCCGUCGGGGCGACGCCGGCCUGUUCGUGUUUGCCGAACUACGUCGGCCGCGCACCGAACUGCCGCCCGGAGUGCGUACUGAACGCGGAGUGUCCAGCGACGCAGGCCUGCGUCAACGAACGGUGUACUAAUCCCUGUGUAGGCUCUUGUGGUAUUAACGCACGGUGUACGGUGGUGAAGCACAGUCCGAUCUGCGAGUGCGAAACCGGAUUCACCGGGGAUCCGUUCUCCGUCUGUACAGAAGUACCGCCCUUCCGAGGUAACGACCCACUGGAACCGUGCAAACCGUCACCGUGCGGAGCGAACGCGGUGUGCAAGGAGCGCGACGGAGCCGGCUCGUGCACCUGUCUGCCGGAGUACUUCGGCGACCCGUACACGGGCUGCCGGCCGGAGUGCGUGCAGAACACCGACUGUGAGCGAUCGCGUGCGUGCGUCAACAACCGCUGCACGGAUCCUUGUCCGGGAGCGUGCGGAGUUAACGCCGAGUGCACGGUGCAAAACCACGGUCCUGUGUGUUACUGUCUCGAGGGCUACACCGGUGAUCCGACCGGCACUUGCACGCGGGCGGAGGUGGUAACGGAACGACCGAGGCAACCCGGUUGCCAACCGUCGCCGUGCGGCCCGAACAGCCAGUGCCGGGAGGUGAACGGCCAUCCGGUGUGCUCGUGUGCGGCGGGCUACAUCGGCACGCCGCCCAUGUGCCGACCGGAGUGCGUCGUCAGCUCGGAGUGCAGCCAGGAUCGGGCGUGCGUGAACCGGAAGUGCGUCGAUCCGUGCCCGGGAACGUGCGGCACCGAGGCCCGCUGUCAGGUGGUGAACCACAACCCGAUCUGUAGCUGCUCGCCCGGUUUCACCGGUGAUCCGUUCGUGCGGUGCGUGAAGAAGGAGGAACCGAAGGACGUGCUGGUGAGCGACCCGUGCAACCCAUCGCCGUGUGGCCCGAACUCCAACUGCCGUGCCGUCAACGGGCAGCCAGCGUGCUCUUGCGCACCGAACUACAUCGGGCGGGCGCCCAACUGUCGACCGGAGUGCACCAGGGAUGCGGAAUGCUCCAGUAACCUGGCCUGUCUGAACGAGCGCUGCGUGGACCCGUGUGCAGCCGGUUGCGGACUGAACGCCGGCUGCCGGGUAAUCAACCACCGGCCGGUUUGCACGUGCGACGAAGGGUUCGAAGGGAACCCGCUGGAGCAGUGUAGCCGCACCGUACCCCCGACCACCGAACGGUUAACACCGUGCACUCCUUCACCGUGCGGACCGAACGCCGAGUGCCGGGAGCGGAACAACGCGGGAGCGUGUUACUGCUUGGCCGGGUACGACGGCAACCCGUACGACGUGUUUUCCGGCUGCCGGCGCGAGUGCGACGUCAGCGCCGACUGCUCCGACAAGCUGGCGUGCGUGCAGUACAAGUGUGUCGAUCCGUGCCCGGGACUUUGCGGUACGCAAGCGGUCUGUGAGGUACGCAACCACGUACCGACGUGCGUCUGCCCGGAGGGAAUGGUCGGUGAUCCGUUCGCACGGUGCGAACAGGUGCGAAUGGACACCCCGCCACCGGCCCCCGUUUGUGACAAGUAUAUCUGCGGCCCGAACAGCAUCUGUCGCAUCCAGAACGAGGUGGCGGUGUGCAAGUGUCAGCCGGAUAUGGUCGGCAGCCCACCGAACUGCCGGCCAGAGUGUCAGCAGAACGGGGACUGCGAGGCGCAGCGAGCGUGCGUCAACUACAAGUGCAUCGACCCGUGCCCGGGCUCGUGCGGACAGAACGCGAACUGUAACAUCGUCAACCACAGCCCGAUCUGCAGCUGCUCCCCGGGAUACACCGGCGAUCCGUUUACCCGGUGCUACAAGGAGGUGUUGCCGGUCGCGACGACCGAAUCACCGCGCGCCCUCUGCACACCGUCGCCCUGUGGACCGAACGCCGAGUGCAAGGUGGUCGGCGACCGGGAGGCCUGCUCGUGUCUGCCCGGCUACAUCGGGGCGCCCCCGAGCUGUCGGCCGGAGUGCAUUCUCAGCACCGAGUGUGCCGAAAACCAGGCGUGCAUCAGGCAAAAGUGUACCGAUCCGUGCCCCGGCUCCUGUGGUUUGAACGCGAGAUGCUCGGUGGUGCGCCAUACUCCUAGCUGCAGCUGUGAACCGGGAUACACCGGAGAUCCGUUCACCGGAUGCCAGCCCGUGAUCGCUGAUGGAAUGGCUGGAAAUGCAUUUGUACAGUGCCGACCACAGCAAUCGCCGGUCGUUACGAACCCGUGCAAUCCUUCGCCAUGUGGACCGAACAGUCAAUGUCGUGAAAUCAACGGACAGGCUGUGUGUUCCUGCUUGGCUGGAUACAUAGGCAGUCCACCGGUGUGCCGCCCGGAGUGCACCGGAAAUUCGGAGUGCUCGCUGAUGCAAGCUUGCAUCAACUUCAAGUGCGCCGAUCCUUGCCCGGGUAGUUGUGGGUUUUCGGCCCGCUGCACGGUCGUGAACCAUAACCCCAUCUGCAGCUGCCCGUCCCGACUGACGGGUGAUCCGUUUGUUCGGUGCUACGAAAUCGUUGAGAAAACACCAACCCAAACCAUACCGGCCGAUCCUUGUCAGCCUUCGCCCUGCGGACCGAAUGCUGUGUGCGCCGAUGCCAACGGUGUCCCGUCCUGUAGCUGCCAGCCGGAAAUGCUCGGUGCGCCCCCGAACUGUCGGCCCGAGUGUACGAUCAAUUCCGAUUGCUCGCGCGUCCUGGCAUGCUCCCGGCGAAAGUGCGUCGAUCCCUGCCAAAAUGCAUGCGGCAUCGAUGCCACUUGCCGCGUGGCAUUGCACGUUGCAAACUGUAUUUGCCCGGAUGGCUACGAGGGCGAUCCGUUCCGUGUUUGUACCGUAAGAAUAACUCCUCCUCCCCAGCGUCCGGAACCGAAAGAUCCGUGCUACCCGUCACCGUGCGGCACGAACGCCCGGUGCCGCCUGACCAGCGGCGAAAGCUCCGUCUGCGAGUGCAUCGAGAACUACUUCGGCAACGCGUACGAGUCCUGCCGGCCGGAGUGCGUGAGCAACGGAGACUGCCAGAAGUCGCUGGCCUGCAUCAACAACCGCUGCAAGGACCCGUGCCCGGGAGUGUGUGGCCGAAAUGCGGAGUGCAGCGUCGUGAACCAUACCCCCGUUUGCUCCUGUCCAGACGGCAUGAAGGGUAACGCGUUCGAGCAGUGUCUGCGCGAGGAAGUUCCACCGGCUCCGUCCGAUCCAUGCUACCCAUCGCCGUGCGGACAGAACACGGUGUGUCGCGUGGCGAACCGAAAUGCCGUGUGCGAGUGUCUGCCCGAGUUCCGCGGCAGCCCGUUCGGCCGGGGCUGCUACCCAGAGUGCGUGAUCAGCAGCGACUGUCCGCGGGACAGGACGUGCGUGAACAAGAAGUGCGUCGACCCGUGCCCGGGCGUGUGCGGCUAUCGGGCCGAGUGUCACGCGAUCAACAACAGCCCGGUGUGCUCGUGCCCGUCCAACAUGAUCGGCGAUCCGUUCGUCGAGUGCAAGGUGGCCCCACCGAAGGAUCCGUGCAGUCCAUCGCCGUGUCGCACGAACGGUGUCUGCCGGGUGGUGGGCGAUCGGGCCGAAUGCCAGUAUCCGGAGUGCAUCGUGAACGAGGACUGCUCACCGGCCCGGGCCUGCUACAACCAGAAGUGCCAGGACCCGUGCGUCGGUGCUUGCGGCGUAAACGCGCUGUGUAGCGUCAUAAACCACGCACCGGUCUGCUCCUGUCCGGCCCGCCACGUCGGUUCUCCGUUCGUGCAAUGUACGGUACAGAGGGACGAACCGCCACCGGUGGCCCCGCGACCGGAGUGCAGCGGCGACGGCCAGUGCACGAACGACAAGGCUUGCAUCAACGGCCAGUGCCUGAAUCCGUGCACCGUCGGUACCGGCCUCUGCACCCAGAACGCCGAGUGCCGGGUGCAGUUCCACCGGGCUAUUUGUGCGUGCCGCGAGGGCUACACCGGCAACGCGCAGCUGGCGUGUUACGAGAUCGGAUGUCGCAGCGAUAGCGACUGUCCGGCCACGGAGGCGUGCGUCAACCGUGACUGCAUCGACCCGUGCCGGCACACGCAGUGCGGCCAGAAUGCGUACUGCAAGUCGGACUACAACCACAACGCCCGGUGUCACUGCACUGACGGCUACCGAGGCAACCCCCUCGUGGGCUGCACCCGACCGGAGUGCACCAGCAACGACGAGUGCCCGUAUCAUCAGUCGUGCCAGAACGAGCAGUGCCGGGAUCCGUGCAACUGUGCCCCGAACGCCCAGUGUCGGGUGGACAACCAUCAGGCCAACUGCCGCUGUCCACCGGGCUACACCGGAGAUCCACUGUUUUCGUGCGAGAAAAUUCCCGUACGAGACCCGCCCCAAUGCACGAUGGACGCGGAGUGUUCCAGCAAGCUGGCGUGCUUCGGUGGCGUGUGCAAGAAUCCGUGCGCGGAAACGAAACCGUGUGCCGAGCACGCAACCUGCACGGUCCAGGACACGCUACCGCUGCGCACCAUGUACUGCGUGUGCGAGGAAGGCUACGUGGGCGAUGCCGAAAAGCAGUGCUUGCCGGCGCCCAAGGACACGCCGGGAUGCUACAGUGACGUCGAAUGUGCCCCCAGCGAGUCGUGCCGAUCCGGUGCCUGCGUGGACGUGUGCAGCGCGUACAACCCGUGCGCCCGAACCGCGGAGUGCUUAGCCCAAAGCCACAAGGCCAUCUGCUCGUGUCCUCUCGGCACGGUCGGCGAUCCGUUCCAGAACUGCUACAAACCUCCGGUGGUGUCGCCCGAGUGCACCGUCGAUGCCGACUGCGCGUCGAGCAUGGCGUGCGUCAACGAGCGGUGCCAGGAUCCGUGCGCCGGCAGUAACCCGUGCCGCGGCAAUGCCGAGUGUCGCGCGGUCUACCACCGCCCUCACUGCACCUGUCCCGUCGGCUGGGGCGGUGACCCGAAAACUCAGUGCUACAAACCCGAGUGUACUCACGACACGGACUGUCCCUUCGAUAAGGCGUGCAUCAACGACAAGUGCAUCGAUCCGUGUGCGUACGGUGGCGCCCAGUGUGGCCAGGAUGCGACCUGUGUGGCGCAGAGCCACCGUGCGGUGUGCAUCUGUCCGCCGGGCACGCAAGGCAACCCGUUCGUGUCGUGCGUGACGGGCAUGUGUCAGUACAACGAGGACUGCGGCGAGCAGGAGGCGUGCGAUCGGUUGAACCGCGUCUGCCGGCCAGUUUGCGAUGAAGAAUCGUGCGCCCGCACCGCUCACUGUGUGGCCCGUAACCACCAGGCCAGCUGUGAGUGUUCGCAGGGCAUGCGAGGUAACCCGUACGUGGAGUGCGUACGCGAUCCCGAGCCACCGCAGCCCGAGUGCCGCAUGGACAGCGAGUGUCGCUCGCAGCAAGCCUGUAUCCGCAACCGGUGCGUGAAUCCGUGCACGGAGCUAACGCCCUGCACCGGGCAGCAUCAGACGUGCAGCGUGAUCGACACGUUGCCCCUGCGUACCAUUAUCUGCGCCUGCCAGACGGACAUGCUGCUGGAGCGAUCCGGUAGCUGCCGGCCGAUCGUCGCGGAAGAGUGUCGCAGCGAUGGUGAGUGUCCCGACACGGACCGCUGUCUGCGCGGACAGUGUGUGACGGCGUGCAAGGUGGAUCGGUGCGGUGUGAACGCCCAGUGCACAUCCGGCGCCCACCGGGCGCAGUGUAGCUGCGCACCCGGAUAUGUCGGUAAUGCCCACAUCGAGUGCCAGCCGGAGCCACGGGUCGUGCCGGCGAAGGAGUGCACGGUGGAUGACGAUUGUACGGUCGAUCGGUCGUGUGUCAACGAUCACUGCGUGAAUCCGUGCGCCGGAGAUGCGUGCGGUCGAGGGGCACUGUGCCGUGUCGAUCGCCACAAGGCCCUCUGCAGCUGCCCGAACGCGUUUACGAUGGACGCCAAUGGAAAUUGUGUACCACCCGCCGGAGAUCUGCCUCGAUGCCGCACGAACUCGGACUGUACGCGCAGCGAAACGUGUGUCAACGAGCUGUGUGCCAACCCGUGCAAUUGUGGCCCGAACGCGGACUGCUUCGUGAAGGACCACUAUCCGGUCUGCAGCUGCCGGCCGGGCUACUCGGGCCACGCGCAGACCGGUUGCUUUAAGCUGGAAUGCGAGAGCGACGCAAACUGCCCGAACGAACGACAGUGCACGAACGGAGCGUGUGUCGACCCGUGCCUGCAGCAGGAUCCGUGCGCGUUAAACGCGGAAUGCUACGGCGAUCGGCAUCGAGCCGCUUGCCGGUGUCUGCCGGGGCUGGAAGGGAACCCAUUCGAACGGUGCCGUCGCGUCGAGUGUCACUACGAUGGCGAGUGUGCGAAGAGCCUGGCGUGCCGCCGCGAACAGUGCGUCGAUCCGUGCGCGACUGACUCGCCGUGCGCCCAGAAUGCGCAGUGCUUCACCGUGAACCACCAGGCGCAGUGCAAGUGUCCCGAGCACCUGCCCGAAGGCAACCCGUACUCGUUCUGCCGUCCACGAGCCGUCGAAGCGGAUGAGUGUCGGCUGGACGGGGACUGCCCGAGCCGGAUGGCGUGCAUCGGUGGCAAGUGUUUGAACCCCUGCCAGGAACUAAAACCGUGUGCCCCGACCGCACUCUGCACCGUGCAGGAUACGGUGCCGGUGCGGACGAUGGUUUGCGAAUGCCCGCCACUGCACGUGCCGGACGGCCAGGGCGAGUGUCGCCGGGUGGAGCAGCAAACACCGGUCGGAGCUUGCACCAGCGACUCCGAGUGUUCGGAGCAGGAGGCGUGCAUCAACCGACUGUGCCGUGAUCCGUGCGCCUGCGGUAGCCACGCGACGUGCGUGAUCAAGCACCACCGGGCCGUGUGCUCCUGCGAGGACGGCUUCGAGGGCAAUCCGAACGUAGCGUGCCGAGCGAUCGGGUGCCGUGUCGACUCGGAAUGCGAAUCGGCGAAGGCGUGCGUUAACGGUAACUGCGUCAACCCGUGUCUGGAGAACGAUCCGUGCGGUAUCGGAGCGGAGUGCUUCGGACGUGCGAAUCGAGCCGAGUGUCGCUGUCUGAGCGGUUACCGAGGUAACCCGCUGGUGCAGUGCAACGUGGUAGAGUGCCGCAGCAACAACGACUGCCCGGACGAUAGGCAGUGCCGCAACGGCCAGUGCGUCAACCCGUGCAUCUACGAAAACGCUUGCUCCGCGAGGGCUGAAUGCCGGGCCCAGAACCAUCUCGUUGUGUGCCGGUGCCCGGUGGGCCUGGUCGGUAACCCGUACGUCGACUGUCGUCCGGAGAUUGUCCCCGAGUGUCGCUACGAUACCGAGUGCCCGUCGCAUCUGGCCUGCAUCGACAACAAGUGCGUGGAACCGUGCACGUCGCUAACCCCGUGCAAUCAACCGGCCAAGUGUGAGGUGGUACCGUCGUCGCCCGUCCGCACCAUGCUUUGCACCUGCCCGGAAGGGUACGUGAGCAGCGGUAGCGGCACCUGCAAACCGGUCGUGAAGGCGGGCUGCAUCUCCGACACGGACUGCUCGAGCGAUACGGCGUGCAUCAACAGCAUCUGCCGCAACCCGUGCAACUGUGGCCCGAACGCGCAGUGUCGUGUAAAGGACCACAAGCCAGUCUGCUCGUGUGAGCAGGGCUACGAUGGUGACCCGGAGACGCAGUGCGUACGGAUCGAGUGUCGCGCGGACGACGAGUGCUCUGGACAGCACGCCUGCCACAACCGACAGUGCGUUCCGGCGUGCUCGCUGGAAACGUGUGGCUCGCAGGCCGAAUGUAUCGCCGUCAACCAUCGGGCCGUGUGCGAAUGUCUGCCCGGCUACGAGGGUAACCCGCGAGCGGUCUGCAAGCUGAUCGGCUGCCGGCGCGAUACGGACUGCCCUCUGGACAAGGCAUGCUUGAACGGACGUUGCGAGAACCCGUGCGAGGCGCAGGCGGUCUGUGCGCAGAACGAACAGUGCCAAGUGUACCAGCACCGUCCCGAGUGUGCCUGUCCACCACCGUUCGAGAACGAUCCACUGCAGGGCUGUGUGCUGCGGGACGAUCGCUGCAUGACCGAUGGCGAGUGUCCAUCUCAGACGGCAUGCAUUCAAGGCGAGUGCGUGAACCCAUGCAACGUGACCGAACCAUGCGGCGUGAACUCCCUGUGCAAGGUACUUGACACCCUGCCGGUUCGCACGAUGAUCUGCGAGUGCCUACGAGGAUACCAGGGCAACGCCGCGAUACAGUGCGACAAAAUGGCCCCCUGCCCCACAGAACGAGGCUUCGUCCUCAACGCCAACGGUGAGUGCGUAUGUCCUGCCGGAUUCGGACUAUCCACCUACGAUGAUUGCCAACCGUGCCGCGAAGAAGACGGUCUGAAGAUUGACGAAACGGGCCGGUGUGUUUGUGCGCUCGAGCGUGGACUCAUCAUCGACGAGCGGGGACGCUGCAUCUGUCCGAUCGAGUACGGAUAUCGGCUGACAGCCCGGGGCGAGUGCGUUCGCAGCGAAAAGCCCGAAUGUGAACACGACGAUCACUGUUCCGACUGGCGGUACUGUAGCCCGGAGAAGACCUGCGAUGAUCCGUGUACGCGCAAAGUGUGUGGAAAGAAUGCGCUCUGCAACGCCACCAACCACCAGGCGGUAUGUCAGUGCAUCACGGGAUACACCGGAAACCCGGAGGAACAUUGCAACGAAACGACCAAGUUCAGGACGGACUUCCCGCAACCGGAGAUGGUUGUGACGUGUCAGGCCGACGGUGUGCAGGUGGUGAUCGAUUUGGCCGAGUCCACCUUCAACGGUGUGCUGUACGUGAAGGGCCACAGCAAGGACGAAGAAUGUCGCCGUGUGGUCAACCUGGCCGGAGACACAUCGUCCGCCCGAACGCAGAUCUUUAAGGUGCACUUCGGCAGCUGCGGCCUCAUCCACGUCAAUGGAAUCGCAAGCUUCGUGCUCGUCAUCCAGAAGCACCCCAAGCUGGUCACGUACAAGGCGCAAGCGUACCACAUCAAGUGCGUCUACCAGACGGGCGAACAGAACGUGACGCUCGGCUUCAACGUCCAGAUGCUGACGACAGCCGGUACGAUCGCUAACACCGGUCCGCCGCCGACCUGCGCCAUGCGAAUUGUGGCCUUCAACGGCGAGGAGAUCAAUUCGGCCGAAAUCGGUGACAAUCUGCGGCUGCAGGUUGAGGUGCAACCAGCAACCAUCUACGGAGGAUUCGCACGGAGCUGUGUGGCCAAGACGAUGGAGGAGAGUGUCGAGAACGAGUACAUCGUAACGGACGAGGACGGUUGUGCGACAGAUCCGUCGAUCUUCGGCGACUGGGAGUACAAUGCCGAGACGAACAGCCUGCUGGCAAGUUUCAACGCGUUCAAGUUCCCGUCGAGCGACAACAUCCGCUUCCAGUGCAACAUCCGCGUGUGCUUCGGCAAGUGCCAACCGGUCAACUGUCACGGAGCCAACGCGUACGGUAAGCGGCGACGUCGUCGCGCGAUCGCCGGCGAGGUGGCGUACGAUCGCACGAUCGAGCUCGUCUACAACCGGACCAGGCGCGCCUCGGACGAUACCGCCCUGGCCACCGACGACGGGCUCGGCAUCGAGGGAACGCUGCGUGAGGAGAUUACAAUCCAAUCGAACGCCAUCCUGACGCUGGAGAAGCGGGAAGAACGAUCGUACGAUUCAAACAACAUCACCCCGGCCGCUCAGCGCGUGGAGGACAUUUGUGUUUCGAUGAUCGGUCUCAUACUGGCGCUCGUUAUCACGGCGCUACUGGCACUGGUUGCGGUAGCGGUAGCCGUCUCGUGCUGGCUGAUGGCCUACCGACGACGACCAACCAUCACCGGUCCAUUACCGCAUCCCCCCGAGUUCCCUAACCCUCUGUUCGCACAUCACGAACCAUCGGAACCCUCACAUCAUGAUUUCAUGGGCUAGACAAAACAGAGGAAAGAAGCUAAACCCGACCAAGCCCAUGUCGGCGGAGCAUUAAAUGAAUCGUAUUGUGACAAAUCAAAAACGAUAAAAAGGCUUGACAAAAGUAAAACCAUUCGGUUUAUGUGACAAAAAACGAAACAUAGGUAUGAGAAUAUCGUCAGCGAGACUAGCGAGAAUAUCGUUUUUUAACAAUUGACUAGCACGACGUUAGAUGAACUUUACUACUAACACCUUAAUGAGACAAUUAAUCCAAACCUGCGUCAGAAAGAGAGACGAUAGGCAGAAGAUCGAUAGAAAGGAAGGAAAGAUUGAAGACAGUUGCAGCAACAGCACUCGCGGAAGGUAGCAAUCGGAAUGUAAAUAACUUUAAAAAAAUCACCAACACCAACCCAAAAUCACUCCGUCCUUCAGAAUAGAAUCACCCACUGGCCGCGGCCGCAAUGCAAGCGGCGUUUUUUAGGGAUGGGCUCAAAGAGCGGAACGAAAGCGAUCAAAAUCGCGAGCAUCGAACAUUUCGCAAUGAUCGAAGAUCGAACCGAUCGAAAACAAAAGGAAACCAGAAACCCUUCGAACGAAUUCGCGAAACACGAAACCAGUGUCCUUUUUUGUAUUAGGUACAUUCUUUGUUAGGAUUAGGUCACGCAGAAAUCUUACUAGCAAAUAAGGAAAGUUUUAAUGGAAUGCGAUCGGUCAGCACGGACCCGGCGUUUUGGCCCGAUCACGGCCAGCUGCCGCCACAUUGAACGUUCGUAUUCCAGGGCUCACCAUACCAUCUCCUCCGUCGGUCGUUACUAGUCCUCUAUUUAUUAAUGUUGAUAUGAUGGUUAAAACGGCAACGAACAUUGAGCGCGGCAACUAGCGAAAGGCAAAAUUAAAACAAAAACAUCGACGCAAAUCACAAUCAGUUUCGGUUCACGAGAACCGCCAGAGCACUCGUGGGUGCGUGUGGGUGUGUGUAAGGAUGUAAGGGUAUGUUUGUGAUUGUGGUUGUGUACAUUUGAAUGUGGUUUCCAAGGGUACCCCAGACCACUUGUCUCUACUCGUCCUUGAGCCGUGCACGUUUCCUUUUUCUUCGGUGCGCUCACGUUUUAACUGUAAUUUAUUGAUAUUUUAAAGUAUGCUCUUGAUAUAAUUAUGUAUCGAACCGAAUGAUCGACGAUCGGCGGAGGAUUUGCGAGCGAGCGAGAGCGUUUAGGAGAGAGUAUGUCCCAAAUGGUAGCACAAAAUGGGAUUUGUGUGUUGUUACUCCUCACACGUUAUCCCCGUUCGGAUCACUUCUUCUAAAUGCAUUAAAUGUAAAGUCGCACGUAGACCAGCAGCAGUCGCGCGAAGUAAUGUAAACGCGAAGGGUAAUACGAUGGCUACAACCAAACACGUUUCACGGAGUUACACGAUUCCAUUCUGAUGAUCCUACUCUCUAACUGCCCAGUCUGUUUCUCUAGAGACACGAAAAUUAAACCCUUUUUGUGUACUCUGCCACAUGUUGACGUGCUGCGAUAGGUGGCACACACGAGGACCUCUGAGUAGCCAAGGCUUGAACGGAGCAGCGACCUUUCUUGCCUCCGCUACCAGAUUUGCCGUUGUCGCCCCCGCUAGCUUGUCUGUGACACUCGAAACGAUUUACUGCCGUUAUUUUUUAAAUUUUACAUCGACUCAAAUCGUUUAGCUAAUUGUCGUUUGUGUUCAUGGCGCUAAGAAAAUAUUUUCCGUCCCAUAUUUGCGCGUUGUUGUUUGCCGCUUUACAUUACUUUUGCUCCUGCCGGACCUAGAUAGUUUAGUUAUAUAGCAUUCAGGUUCUCUCAGAAGACUGCCACCAAAACCUAAACCAACAACACUAACGCGUGUCGUGUCGCAUGCACACUUUGUUUUACGUUUUUCGUUCGGUACGCGUGUACGGGGUUAUGUGUCCCCCGAACUCACUAUUUUUGUCGCUCUCAACGCAACCGUACUGCAACGUCUAGCGCGCGCACCUUCUACGAUUACGAAUAGUUAAAAAACGAAAACGAAACUAAACUAUUAGAAAGACGAAAAACCCGCGAUAA